AUGGAUCCAGCACAUCUUGCAGAUACGGCGUCGACGUCGACGUCGCCAAAGAGUGCUCCCAGCCAAGCGGGAUCUCUCGAGAGCGAUAACGGCAGGCUGUCCAUCACUCACCGCCCGAGACAUACCCGCACAAGCACUCCCAAGGUGAGGACCGGCUGUGUGACCUGCAAAAAGCGGCACAUCAAAUGCGAUGAGGCAAAGCCGCAUUGUAUGAACUGUCUCAAGACUCGUGGCGUCUGUGAUGGAUACAUCGUCAAGCCGCGCAAGGCACGAAGCAGGGCCGCGCCGGCACCGCAACGGCUGAACCCAGAGAGGGGAGCGUCACCAUGUCGUUCAACCUCGCGCGAGAUCUUACGGGAACCGGACAUGAACUCACUCGACUUUGCCAACGACAAUGACAGCGUCUACUUCAAUGAUUGGAACGAACUCGUCCGCAUUUCUCUCGGUGGCGCCCAGUUUUCCCGAACAAAACUAUGGAACACCAUGAUGCCUCAGCUCAGUAGGCAUAACCCCGCUUUACGACAUGCGGCCAUCAGCAUCGGCGCCAUGAGCAGGGCGCUCUCGCAACAGAACUAUGUUGUCUCGCGGAACUUCAGCAACAUCGCGAGUCUCCUCCAGAGCCAGCACUAUCAGAGCGCCAUCGUGCAUUACUGUCAGGCUCUCCGGCUUCAAGGUCAAGCGGACUUCCACACGGCAAGCAUACAGGAGGCCGUUCUGUUAUCCGUUCUGUUCGUAGCCUUCGAAGCUCUGCGUGGUAACAGACACUCUGCGCUUCAGCAUGUCAAGUAUGGAUUUGUGUUGCUCCAGGAGCUUCUCACGAGCGAGGACGCGGAGGCCCGUAUCUGGAACCUUGCACCCGACCCUAGGCAACUCAUCACCGAAGUGUUGGACUUAUACAACCAGCUCGAUGUGCAAAGCCGAACCGUUCUCGCAGGGAACGUGAAGACGAGCCGAUCACCGGCUUAUGAGUUGAUCAGAGGCCUCAAAGCCCGGGGUCAUACCAUCGAGACGUACAACAUGCAAAUCCAGCGAUACACAGAGCCGGGGGAAGGCAGGCGGAACAUGCCUGAGAUCUUCUACGACGCCGAUGACGCGUACACCUGGUGGCAAGUAUGCCAGCGGCGCAUCGCGAAGCUGGGUCCUCUGUUGCUCACCGUCAUCGACGACCUCAAGUUCGAAGAGAUCAAGGACGAGGGUGGCAUUGACCACAUCCUCAACGUGAUGCAGGACCAGCCCGAACUGCUAGCAUACUGCGAGAAGUCGAUGGCGCACCUUCAGCAAUGGCGAGCAUCCUUCGAACCGCUUUACAACAAGACAUUAUCCGACAGCUCAGUGGACCGCCGGGAGUACCUCAAGAUUUUGCAUCUGCGGAUGCACUAUCUCAUCAUGUUCAUAUACAGCUUCUUCCCCAAGUACGCCGACGAAGCGACCAUCUCCAGCAUGACGCCAUACUGCCGUGAGAUCAACGAAGUCAUCGAGAUACUGCUCAAGGAGCAGGAGAAGGACAUCCAAUCGCCGGCGAACCUGUUCUCGAUGGAGUUCGGCAUCGCGUGGCAGCUCACUAUAGUUGCCAUGACUUGUCGCGAUCCGCUGGUGAGGGAGAGCGCCACGCGGAUUCUCGAGAAGUAUCCCCGUCGAGAGGGCCUAUGGGACAGCCAGGCGUUCUUGGCGGUGCUCGUCAAGAACAGGGAGCUGGAACGGGACAAUGCGAAGGAAGGUACGGCGUCCGAGCAAUGGAGACGGCUCUGCAGGCGGGAGUUCAUCUUCGAGGAUGCCGGAGAGACGAUCAUCUUCCGAUCGCUUAAGAAGAACGAUGUCACGGGCGAAUGGGACUUGGUAGAGGAGAGGGCGGAUUUCAAGGGCGACGUAGAGGGAUUGGUCUGGAAACAAAGGCCCCUGAGUGGCCCGGGAUGGAUUACUGGUAUGAACUGA